AUGUUCCACCAAUACCCUCUCAAAGUUGCUGUGUUACUCUGUACCUUUUAUCUUAGCACACUGAUUGGAUCUUCAGCAUCCAAACUCACUGGUCAUUGCAAUCUUGGAUUAACGGGAGUUUUUCCUGACCAUAGUAAUGGCGUAGAAUGUGAUAGGCUAAAUAAUCGGCCAUUAUGGUGCAACUACAAAAGCUGUUGGCAUGGUGGUAAUAAAUGGGUCAAAAUGAACACCUGUCGACCCUAUGGCUCACACCCCGACGACCCUCGCGUAAGUGCGCAGGAUUGUGUGGACUAUGUUUGGGUUGGUGGUAACACAUUCACUUGUACCAACCCCCAUCAGGUAACAUAUAGCUGCUACGAUCUUACCCCCCAGACUACCCCAUACAUAACUUGUACUAGUUGCGAUUACACCUAG